AAUCAGACGGAACCCAGCUAACGUCACACAGCGCACAAACCGUGUUUAUCAGGCAGUCAACGAACGAUAUUGUCAUACGAAUCUUGUAUCAGUGGCGGUGCGUUUGCGUGUAGCUGUUACGACUACACGGAUUCCCAGCCGCCCUACAUAAGAACGGAAGAUACUUCUCCGUCGGACGGUCGUUAACGUUAAUUGCGUCGCCGCAUCAACCGUCGCUGCUAGCUAGCGCGUGAAGCGUCAACGUCAGUACGAGCUAACAGCGUGAGCGCUCGAGUGGGAAAAACACCCGCGUGUCGAGCGCCUGCAUAUGCGGAUCCACUCGGGGGGGGGGGGUCACCGGUAGAAGACAAGCCCGGGAGCCCCGACGUUCGCUGCGCGCCUCCCGUUUCACUCAUCUCGCGUGCCGCCGCGAGCUGUCCACGUCUCGCCCCCGCUCGCGUUUACGUCGCGUAGCCGCGCUAACGUUAGGCCACGUCCCCGCGCGCGCGCGCGCGCGGCGGCUCUCGUCUUCAUCUCGACGUGCCAAAUCCGCAGAGAAGAUGCUUCGCGUGCGGAAGGAGUGACCCGACGAGUGACCGACGGCAAUGUGAAAAGUCAUGACCGUUCGCCACCGUCCGCCUGUGUACUCGCUUUUAUUCUCCCCCCCCUUCGCCGCAUAUGAACGGCAUGUCACGUAGACGGACGUGUUCCACAGCGCGAGGCGUCUCUCCACGAGCUCUGUAGGUGGACGCGACAACCUGAAGCAACGGCGCGCUUUUCUUGUUUUCUUUUUCUUUUCUUUCUCUACCACCGUGGCUGAAAUGGUCGGGUUUGGUGCAAACCGACGGGGAGGCCGCCUCCCGUCCUUUAUCCUCAUCUUUUUGAUGUUGGUCGUCGCCAUACUGUCUUUUAACUACUGGACGGUGAACAACAAGCACGGCCGCCUGCUGGACGAGCUGGCGGAGGUGCAGACGCAGGUGAAGCGCACGGACGCGGCGCGCAGCCGGCUGGAGAAGCGGAACUCGGAGCUGAUGGUGCAGGUGGACACGCACAGGAAGCAGAUCGACCAGAAGGACGGAGACAACAGCGUGCUGGAGGGCAAGCUGCAGGCCCGGGAAGCUGUCAUCAAGAAGUGCGCCGAGGAAAAGAGGAAGGUACAAGGUGACGUCACAUCCCAACUGACAGAAAUCCAGAGACUGAAAGAGCAGCUAACGGAGCUGAAGCAGGAGUUUAUUAAACAGGAGGAGCAACUAAGAGAAGCGAAGAAAAACAGCACUACCUUUGAAAGAAAAUUGGAGUAUGAGAGUUUACAAUGUGGCCGUCAAAUUGCACAACUGAAAGAAGAGUAUGAAGAAACGAAAAAGACCUGGGAGGAAGAAGCGUCAAAGCUGAGACAAACUGCGGUGGAUGGCCAAAAGGAUGCAGCGGCAGGUAGACCUGCAGAUGGAGUCGGCAGGGUGGACUUGGUUGGAGAGCGCCAUACAGUGGCCGCAGGCCAGCAUGACAGUCUGGAUUUAAAAGACGAGAUGGGUAAGCCUGGCAGUGAUGCUGGCAUGCCGGGUAUUGAAGACAGUGAGGUGGGGAAAAUUGACGACGUUCAGUUUGCCCUGAAGAAACCCGCCAUAACUCAGAAGCACGACGAAGCCCCUGAUGUGGUUGUCGGAGGUGGUGCUGGCCCUGUCGUCGGGGCAGCAGAUGGCCCUGGGGGCCAAGGCCUGUCCCUGGACCAGCCCAGGCUCCAGCAGGACAGGGUGGAGGACCGAGCAGCAGUGGUUGAACUUCCGGGCAUCAUCAAACAGGCCGACAAACCCAUAGUGUUCGAAGAAGACAACAAGGCAGGUAUCAAGGCUGACGAGCUGGGAGAGCAGCAAAGACAACUUCAAGCUCCUGAUAACGUCAAGGGUGACCGUGAACACUUGAAGAUGAUUCCUCUGCCCCCCAACCCGGCCCAGGUGCCCAACCCCAUCCAGCCUCACCACGCAGAAGACCCGGUUCCAGCACAGCCAGUUCACCACCGCCAAAGCCGGUUCUUUGAUGAGAACGAGUCCCCAGUAGAUCCGCAACACGGCUCUAAGCUAGCGGACUACAAUGGGGACGAUGGGAACGUGGGUGAGUAUGAGGCCGACAAGCAGGCCGAGCUGGCCUACAAUGAGGAAGAGGAUGGUGAUGGUGGGGAGGAAGACGUUCAAGAUGAUGAGGAUCGAGACAUGCAGGGAGACCGAGCUGUGGAUUAUGGGAAAAGACAUCAACCCAUUGACAUUCUUUGAGUGGAAACUUGUACAGCCAUAACUAAAGAUACUGAGACCUUCCUCUACAAACAACAAGAUCUUUUCCGAAGAAAUAGUUUGAACAUCAAUAUGUUUAAGAACUUAAUGGGCUCAUCCUCAGUGUCAGUACUUUGAUCAGACAUUGCAACUAAUUAAUUCAGAAUAACAUCAUAAUACAAAGAGGAAAACGUAAUGGCGUCGUGAGCUGCAGUUGAUUGAAUGGUCACAGUACGAGCUAUGCUGUGAUGUACGUUGACUGUUGCGUUUGGUUAUUGUAUGACGGCGGAGGGAUAUUGACACAGAAAUAACCGGGAUAUGAAGAGACCUGUUCACUCGCAACUGGACUUCAACGUGGAACUGUAUUUUCAUUAUUAUUAUUUUUUUGUGCUAUUUUUCUUCACAGGUUACCGUUGCUUGAUACAAACAAACUCUUCUCGGGAGCUGUUUAUCAAACCCGACUAAUCUAGCAUUCUGCCUUUCUAACAUACUUUUGGGAUUUUUAACGUGGAAUACAAUUUUUUUUUCCGUUCGCAUCAGUGGGAAUGCAUUUUAAAUGCAAAGGACUUAGCUUCUGGCAUAUUAAAUCAACUUAAUUUCUCUGUGAUGAACACACAGCAGUGCUCAUUGUUCAGUUUUUUUCUAUGAUGCCAUUGCAUGCAAUUAAAACUUUUUAGUAAUCAACUGAGUAAAAUACUGAUGCUUAAGCAAUACUUAGAGCAAUGUUAGCAUCCUCCAUUGUGCAAUGAUUAACCAAGCACAUGUAGAACUGACGUACUGUACACAUGCUUCCAGUUAUGAGGUCUGUCCUUAAAUAAUGUAGCUCAUCUGUUGCCAUUUAUACCAAGGAAACCCAUUUCCCUCCUUUUUAGGGAAAUCUGUGUGUGAACAUGGAAUCAGUUGUUUGUGCAGCAAGGAAAAUUGGUUUCUCGUGGAAAGGCACAUUGAAUGUAAUUUUAUUUUAUUAAAGUUGAUGCUUCAUG